AGUCUAGGUGGUAGACGCAUCGUGUCGGCGUAAUACGGCCGCUAAAGCCGUGCAGAACUGGCCCUGCGGGAUGGCAGCCUCUGAGGAGGAGCCUGAGCCCUUGACGGAGCAGCUGGACGUCGCGCGCCGGCUGGAAAAUUUGCCUGUGAGCGCAUGGCCCCCAGGGACAGAGCCAGAGCCCUUUCAGUAUACUCCUGAUCAUGUAGCCGGGCCUGGAGGAGACACUGACCCCACUCUAAUAACCUUUCCCGGAUGCGUUUGUGUCAAAACUCCCUGCCUCCCUGGAACUUGCUCCUGUCUCCGUCGUGAGAAAAACUAUGAUGAUAAUUUAUGCCUCAGACACAUAGGAUCAGAAGCAAAGUGCGCUGAGCCAGUUUUCGAAUGCAAUGUCCUGUGUCAGUGCAGCGACCACUGCAGGAACAGAGUGGUCCAGCGGGGUCUGCAGUUCCGCCUCCAGGUGUUCCAGACAGAUCGCAAAGGCUGGGGACUUCGUACCUUGGACUUUAUACCAAAAGGACGGUUUGUCUGUGAAUAUGCUGGCGAGGUUUUAGGAUUCUCGGAAGUACAGAGAAGAAUUCAGUUACAAACAAUACACGAUUCGAAUUACAUUAUAGCCGUCAGGGAGCAUGUUUAUAAUGGGCAGGUAAUGGAAACGUUUGUUGAUCCUACCUCUAUAGGAAAUAUUGGAAGAUUCCUUAACCAUUCUUGUGAGCCAAACUUAUUAAUGAUUCCUGUCCGAAUCAACUCGAUGGUACCAAAGUUGGCACUUUUUGCAGCCAAGGACAUUGUGCCAGAAGAAGAACUCUCUUAUGACUAUUCAGGAAGAUUUCUUAAUCUACUGGAUAGUGAAGACAAAGAAAGGUUAGAUAAUGGGAAAUUAAGGAAACCUUGUUAUUGUGGUGCUGAAUCAUGUGCUGCGUUCCUGCCUUAUGACAGCUCACUGUACUGCCCCUUAGAAAAGCCAAACACGAGUGAGGAAGGAAGAGUAUAGCAGAAGCGUGUCUGGCCUCGCAGUGGAGGAGAACGAGGAGGAAUCGAGCGUGCUUGGCUCAGCCCUUCCUGGGUUCCCCUCUUACAAGCAACUUACCCUCAGGGUCAGUCUCCGCUCCGUGGUAAGGAGCUUGCCCCUCACUGUAGGGGAGCCCAGUGGUUGUCACUUAGGAAUGUGGCAGAGACUACAGAUUGUCCAGCAACACUCUCUCUCC